AUGGUCAAGGGCCUAAGCAAUAGGGAUGCGGUUGUAGCAAUGGUUCUUGCAAUGAUGGGGACAGGGAUAACCUUUAUGCCGUAUGCAUUCAAAUCUGCAGGAUACCUUAACGCAAUAUUUCUCAUGACGUUCUUUGGAAUGGGAACGGCAGUGUCGUGCUACUGUAUUUCCUAUACAGCCAAGCGCUCAAAGCAGGACAGCCCCACGUAUUCUAGUCUGGCCUCUAGUAUUUCCACAACGCUUGGGUAUGCAGUCAACAUCUCUAUCUUCUUCAACGGGUACCUUGCAGCCGUCAACUUCUAUAGGUAUCUGUCUGAUCUGAUUACCAGGAACUCACACUACAUUCGAAGUCUCACGAGCGACUAUGAAAGAUCCAGGAAGAUCGUUGUUCUUAUCCUUGCUGCUCCGUUUCUGUAUCUGUCUUCAAAGAAAACACUCUCAGGACUCGUGGUCACAUCCUAUUUAAGCAUUGCAUCCGUCUCAUACCUGGCAUUCCUAAUGGUCUAUCUGUUUCUUACGGUGGGAACCUCAUGUGCAGUUGGAGAGGCAAAGGCGUUCAACGGAUCUCUAGGAGAGGCCGUUCCCUUCUUUAUCUCUUCUAUGGUGUGCCAGGCAAACAUGGUCAAGAUAUACACAGAGAUGAAGACCAGAAGCAGCAGAAGUAUCAUAAUUGUAUCUCUGGGUGCAGCCAUUGGUGGAAUGCUCAUCAACGGCCUAAUCGGCCUUUUCGGAUACCUUGUGUUUGGAGAUGGGGUCAGCGGAGAAAUCAUAACAGAGCUCUCUGACAUGGACAGUUUAAUCAACAGGCGCCUCAGAGAGGGGUGGGAUAAGAGCAACAUCAUGUCUGGGAUGGCAAUCUAUGGAAUGAUGCUGACAUUGUUUGGAGGAUACCCGGUCCAAGUCAAUCCCGUUGUGGACAUGAUACUCAAGCUCCUUCCUGGAGAGAGAAGGACGGAGAUGAGCAGAAGGAUAAUAGUAGUUCUGCUGUUUCUUAUAGCCAUGUCCUUGAAUCUUAUGGAGGAGCUCAAAACAAAGGUUAUCAAGAAGUUCCUCGGCGCUACAUUCUCGAACUCGGUGGCAUUUGUAUAUCCGUUCAUAUACUACUUAUCCACAAGGAAAGAAAGAUCCUUUGUUUCAUCAUUUAUGUGUAUUCUUAUGAUAGGAAUGAGCAUUAUAGUAAGCAUCUACACGGUCUUCAGGUUUGCUGUAGACGGAACGAAGUAG